AUGCCUUCAAGAAAGAAGACAAAGAAGCUGCUCUCGCAGCUCUUGGAGGCCCAGGACUUUGACCUUGUCGUCACCAGAUUCGUGUGGAUGGAAGCAAAAUACCUCCUCCGUAUUGGCAGACGAUGCGCCAUGGUCAAGAUCCAAACAGAUCCCUAUUUCAUCUGCUCCAGGACUGUGGACCGAGAAAUUAUCCCAAACUUCAUCAUAUCUCAACUCGAGGCUCAAAAGCUUGCUAAUCCAGAUGCUCGUCAGAUCCCGUUUACCCCGAUACUGAACUUCAUUGCCGUCAGGUCUCCAGACGACGGCCCGGCUUUUCCAACUUCGUUCCAGUGGCAGUCCCGAGAAACCCACAAGACACACUUCAUAUUUGCCUAUAUCGACUGCAGAAUGCCCUCUCGGAGCUACUCUGUUCAAGAGUUGCUGAGCUUGCGCGGUCGCGACGUUGCGUCGGACCUCAGGGCCCUAGCUGACCAGGACGAAGAGCUCGCCAAAAUUACUGCUCCUGCCAAUUCUCGAGCGCUGCGAAAUCCUUCUGAGGCUUCUGCCCCGAAAGCCCCUGAGCUACUGCCGACAAUGGAGGACCAGAAGGAAACCUCGGCCUCCGACUCCGAGGAAUUGCUGUACAAGGGCUACGCAUCCAAGCUGGCCGCUUCCAAACCUGCUUCUCGCAUCGCCUCGAAGUUUCUGGCCAAGACUGGCACUCAGCCUCAUGUGGCCACCCCGGAUGAUCUUCUUCCUCAGGCCGAAUGGAUGUAUCGUGGCCGAAGCGGCUCAGAGAUCGCUGCUACAGAGCCCCUUUCGGCUCCCACUGGCCUGAACGCGCAACAGAGCGAGGGCUUUCAGCGGUUCUACAAGGCCGUCUCUUCUCCCACGCAUGUGAGAGUGACUGCGGGAGGCCGCAUUGUGCCGAACCAUCGCGGCCCUGGCUCGCCAACGUCGAAGCGGGCCAAGGACAAGGAACCAGAGGAUGAAGCUUCAGCCAACGAUGCUCCCCAGGAACAUCCCGGUAUCUCGGCUGAGCAAGGCCGCUCGGUGUCUAUGGUUGCCAUACCUUCUCACCUCUAUCCUCCUUACCACCAUCCGCACUUCGGCCCCCUCAAUCCGCCCAUGCCCAUGAUGCCCAUGCCGAUGGGCGUGAGCAUGCCGCCCGGCUUUCCAUUCGCUGCCCACGCACCUGCGGAGAACACUGGCGCGGCUUCGUCUGCGAGCAUGUCGAAAGAGCCGCAGAACAAGGAGAAUGAUCCCGGUCAAGCCCCCGCCUUGUCGGAUGCUGAUCAGGGAGACAGCAAGAUCAAGAUCUCGCCUCCUGAGCAAUUCGAUCACUCUAAGCCCUUUCUCUACAACGGCCAGCUAAUGUACCCUAUGCCACCGUCUUUUGCUCCGCCAAUGGGUAUGCCCCCCAUGAUUCCUCAACCGUACAUCGGAAGCCCGCGGGUUCCCGUCUUUCCUGGUCCAGUCCUAGGUCCGGUCCCUCCAGCGGCAAGUGCUGUUGCUCCCCCUCCAGGCUUUGGUCGUCCUCACGGCAUGCUGCCACAGUUCCCCGGUAUGAGCCCGGGCUUUCCGGGACCUGUCCACCAGAUGCAGCCGCCGCAUGCUCCUCCCAUUUCAUCGAUCCGUCCCAGCGACAUUACCUCGAAACAGAUCGAGUCCCUUCGCCAGGCACUCAAAUAUCACGAGGACCAGCUUCAGUACAACAAGCAUCAGAUCGACGAGAAGGAGAUGGACAAGACCAUCCAGAUGCUCAAGUCGCAGAUCGAGCAUUUCCAAACCUUACACCGCAACCAGUUGGUGUACGAAGACAAGUACUAUCCUAAGCGGGAGAAGACGCGCGAGGAGAUGAGCAAGUCUGCCACUCCCACCGCGCCGGCCUUCAUAUCUUCUCAACCCGGCUCAACCGAGCCAAAGCUAGGCAAGAAAGGAAGCAGGGAGUCUCUUCGCCCAGCUGAGGGAAUUAACUCCAGCCGCAGCAAUGAGGCGGCGCUGCAUUUCAGCGAUCGCGGAACUUCAUCUCAAUCUGGAGGUAGUCAGGGUUCGAAGGCUAUUUCCUACGACGCCGCCCUGGCUGCGCCUUUCAGGCCUCGACACACUAUCAUCGAGAAUCACGGCGCCGGAAAGAAGGAUGAGGCCAUGGAGAAGCGGCCCAUCGCUAGUGGUGAGCAGGGAUACAAGUCGUCUUCUACCGCGUCGACAGACGGCUGCCCGCAAAUUUCCUCCAGCGACAUGGCUCUUCGCAACCUGAAAGUUGACGGGGACACUAUUGCUGGCAUACCGUACCUGAUUGGAGUUCUCCCCUCUGGGGAGGACCUAUCUACUACUCAUGGCCAGGACUACAUAUACAAGCGGGAACUGACUCAAGAUGAGGAGCGUUCUCGCUUUCUGUACUGGGCGAACGCCCCUGCCUCGAUUCGGCUGGGCCUUCCAAAGUUUGAUGGCAAAGAUUUCUAUCCUCUCUCACCCAACCCGACCUCGUCUGGUCGAAGCUCUUCACAGUCCAUGCAUGGCCGCGGCAGUCAUUGCAACAACACCAGAGUGAAUGACCCUUUCCGCCCGUUGACUCCUACUCCAACUAGCCAUGCUACUGGCUCCACGGCGGCCUUGAGCAAGGAGAACACACCUCCUCAUCCUGACGAUCAUCGAGUCGAUAGACGCACCAACCCCAUGAAUGUCAACCCUCGCAAACUUGGUGAGAAUACCGGUGCCAGGAUUCUUCACAAUGUACUAAAGCGUGGUGCCGCGGGCAGCAAUGAUGCCCUCCCCAGCACCCUGUCUUCUGCGACGGCCAAGGGAUUUCUGCCUCAGUAUGCGGGAGCUGGAAGCCUCCUCAGCCCGGCCUAUGCCACAUCUCGCCCGCAGCAGCAUGUUGAGAAUAGGGACGCGCUUUCGGAUGAGGAUGUCGUCCUGAACUUUAUUGAAGCGAGGGCUAAGAAGGAUCGUCGUCAAGUCAACGACAUCGGCCCUGGUUCACUGGAGCAGCAGUUCCGCAACCUUGCCAUCGGCGAUGCCAAGGACCGCUCAGGUCGUCCAGCCCAGUGGGAGGGAGCUUAA